GUGCGGAAGGUGUAAGUCAGCGCGGCCAUAGGGAACAGAUCAAAGGACUCCCAACCUCAAUGAAGCUCGGGAGAGUGCGAAGUGAAAUGAUGCUUGGCUCGUAUGCCAGACUGCCACUGAGUCCGCGCCAGUAAAGAGCUCGUGGUCCGCACUCGCAGCGGAUUCGGCGAAAUCGCGGAUCGCACGAGCGAACCUUCCCGAGGGAGGAAGGGUUCCUAUGCGCGCCGGCGAGCGAGGAACGACGAGGAGUUAUGAUCGUGGGCCUGAUCGGGAGCAGCGAGCAGCUCGCGAGGCACACCGCCAGUCCUCAGAAACGAUGAACUGCAAUGGGGGAUCGUCCGUGGCUGGCGAGGCACGCGGCAAGGCGACGGCCGCCGUCACUUCCGUGGACAGCAGACCGAUCGUCACCUAUGCCGGAGAUGAAAAUUUGUUUUCUACAUUGGAGAAGAAUCUACUUCAAGCUAUACCUGCAGAUACAGUGGAAUGGCGCAGGUCAUUCAGCAGGCCAAUUAAACAAGUCAAACUUGGGACUAUCUUUGUGCCAUUUUCCAGAGAUAUUUUGCCCACUGACAAGGAUUGGCAUCUUAUAAAACAACCAAUCUUUCAUAUUUAUUGGACGGAAUGUACCGAUGUUGAUACCUAUAAGACUAGUGUCAGAGAUGAUAUUGAUGCCUGGUUAAAAAUAUUGAAUUUAUAUCACAUUCAAGAUUGGAUGAUUGUGUUAGUAGAAACAUACGAUAUAAAGAAAGCCAAUAAGCUGUUACCUAGGACUACAGUCUUAGAUAAAAUACGAAGUGACUUUGCUGCCAAGAAUGGUGACAGAUGCUUUGCUGUAAUUAAUCCAAUUAAAUCUGAAUCUCGUUCCGCGGAAUCAUGGAGAGGCUUGAUAACUCGCAUUCGUCAUUUGAUGUUGACUGCAUAUGACAGAACCUUAUCACGUUUUGAAGAUAUUAUACGUGAGCAGAGAGAAAGGCGGAACAAUCCUAACUGGAAUUUUUGCCAUUAUUUUCUUCUACAGGAAGAACUGGCAUUUGCAUUGGAAAUGUUAGGUUUGUAUGAUGAGGCAUUGGUGCAGUAUGAUGAACUAGACGCUCUCUUUACACAAUUUGUGCUCAAUUCUAAUGUAGGAGAUACUCCAGGAUGGUUAAGUCUAUUUCAAAUACCUCUGAACAACUGGGGAGGUGUGAAUUUAAAUAACGGUACAAACCAUCAUCUUAGGCUUCUUUUGGCUGAAUGUAGAGCAUCUUUAUUGGAUCUUAGGAGUUAUUUGUUUAGUAGACAAUGUGCCAUGCUACUUCUGUUUAAUAAACCUUGGGAGGUUGCACAAAGGUGCUUAUCAUUUGUUCAUAAUACAUUGAGCGAGCUAAGAAUCUUAGAAGUACAGAAACCUGAGGGAUCUGUAGAAUGUUGGUCAUUCCUUUGUGCGUUAGAGGUUUUGCAAGCGUGUCAAUUAUCCAUCAACAAUAUCGAUAACAAUCAACAGUUGGAUUUGUGCUCUUUACAUACGGCUAGCUUGUGGGCACUUGCAAGAGAUAAGUUAGGAAGCUUAGGGAAAUUGUGCGGCCUAAUGCCAGGAAGUGAACCGACUAGUGAACAGUUGCACACAGUUGUUUAUCUUAUAGCAGGUAUAGGAGAUUCGGAGCCGCAGAUAGAGGGCAAGUUAACGCCUACGGACAAGUUAAAAGAGGCACUCUCAUCCAAAGAAGCAUUUAAGAAACAAUACUUGGAGCAUGCGGAAUUAGCUAUGGGCACGUACAAGCAUGUCGGUCGCAUUCGAUCAGCCAGAUUAAUCGGCAAAGAAUUGGCACGGUUCUACAGCGAACUCGGAGAGAAUCAGAAAGCAGUUGCGUUUUUAUCUGAUGCUUUAAAAACUUAUAUGGACGAAGGAUGGAAUCACUUGGCUGUGCAGACACAGUUAGAGUUAGCCGAGUGUUACAAACGGAUGGACGACGUUGAGAAAUAUACUAAAGUGUGCGCGGCAGUAGCUAGCGCGAGUCUUUUGCAUAUAACUGUACGCAAUACAUAUUUGGAAGAAAUGUUAGGCUACAUGAAAAUGAUCUCUUCGCCUCAACCAUUACUCGCAGAACUCGGGUGUGCUUUUACAAUACUCAGUAUGGAAGCUAAAGUUAUGGAUAAGAUAGUAGAAGACUGUGUAGUUAACAUCGAAAUCACUGUACAGAGUUUAUUUCCUCGGGAAGUAAGAUGCACCAGCGCUGCUAUAUCUGUAGAGGAAAUACAAAAACCAUCUAUGCCUAAUAAGAAAAAAGGAUUAAAAUCAUCUGUUGAGCCUCCAAUACAAUUGUUAUCAAAAUGUACAUUAGAAGAUAUGAAACUACUUGAUCUCAGUUUAUUACGUUUGCAAGUAUAUUCUUAUUUGGAUUACAAAGAAGACAGGAGUCUCGGUUCUGCUAGUGUGAUUAAUAAAAAUAUGAAGCCACUCGUGAGACGUUCAGAUAGCGCAAAACAUAGAAAACCUUCAAAUAAUACAAAAGGCGAUUUUAGUAAAGCGCUCAUUUGUGGUGAAUUCGUUAUGAAACCUGGUGAAAAUACAUUUGUCUUAACAAGGCGAGUGAAUCAACCGGGUUUGUACAAAGUUAGCCAAUUGUCAUUGGUGAUAGAAGAAAAAUUAGAAUUUUUAUCGUCUAUACUGAAUCCACGAUUAUGCUACGAAGUAGCAAAGACGCAGCCAGCGAUAUCCGUAAAUUGUGGCAGAGAUUUACUGGCAGGUCUUACUCAAGAUAUUGAAUUAGUUAUUUCAAGCGGAAGUACAAAGAUAACCGAAGAAAUGAAGUUAAAAUUACGCACAUCACGCGGAUUGACGGUGCAAUCGCAAAGUGUUGAAAAAGUAAUGGUGAAGGAGUUAGAGAUACCACUGCCAACGUGCGAACCAUUUCAAAUCGUAAGAGUGCAGUUAAAGAUUUUAGCCGAAUUACCACCAAAGAAGGAUGCUUCAUCUAUGGAACAUAAGUUGAAUAUACAAUGUCCAUGGGGUUCUGAAGAAAGCAUACCUUUGCAUUUUGGUCCACCAUUGAUGUCAAGUAUGAAACUUCAUACGGCAAAACAAAGAAAAUUCAUUCAAAUAGUUGUAACUGGUUUGACAAGUCAACUUCUUCAAUUAACUGAGCCUGAAUUAAUGACAAUUUCAUCGAUAGACAUUAACUUUAAAAGUUUAAAUCCUGUCGCGGGUCAAAAGUUAGUGAUAGGUAAUGGAAUGAAUGUUUCUUUUAUGUGGGAACUUGAGAUUGGAAAAGAUGAAAAAUCCACGAUACCAAUAAAGACUGACUUUCGUGUAAAAUAUAUAUCAGUUAAUGAUACUGAAGAAUUAAAUAAUACACAUGUUGACGAUGAUCCACUACAUAUACAUAAUCUAGAGAGAAUUGAGAAGGCAUGUAGUGUUUACAGAUGCAACUUUGAUAUUAUAGAUUAUGUGACUUUAUUCACAGUAUCCUCGAAAGUUGAAACGAGUGGUGGUGGAGGAGAAUUUUGUCGUGCUGGUAGUAUGUGCCACUUGUGUCUUACGGUGAUGCGUAUGCCUAAUCUUAAUCCGAAUCCUCCACCACAAUUAAUGUAUGAAGUUCUAGCUGACCAAACUAUGUGGGCGGUGUGUGGUCGUACAGCGGGCAUUGUAUCAUUAGAAAUAGUAGAGAAACAAAGCGUUACUUUAGAUGUGAUGCCUCUGACAAGUGGUUAUUUGCCUCUCCCUGUUGUUAGAUUAUCUCGAUAUAUACCCGCAACAGAAACGAAAAAUGAUAUCGUCCGUAAUAAAAAUGAUUUAGGAUCUGGUCCUCGAUUAGAGCCAUUUAGUCCGGGACAAGUAUAUAAUGCCAGUAAAGCACAACAGGUGCAUGUUCUGCCAGCAGCUCCAUCAGAAUCGAAUUAAAGAUGUGUAAAUUGUUGUUAAAGUUAUGUAUAUAUACGAAUCUUUGAUUUUAUGUAACAAGUCAUCAACAUCUUUAUUUAGGAAGAGUUUAAGAAAAUAAUCGCAAGUUUUUUUGUAUCAAAGUGAAUAGUUAUGUAAAUAUUUUAUUUUAAUUUCAUACAGUAGAUAAAAAUUAUGUUAUAUAAAUUAAUAUUUUCAAAUAAGCAAAUUGGCGUUGGAUAUACAAUAGUCUAAUAUUUAUUUAUUUCUAUAAGAUUUACAAGAUUAAUUCAGUUUUCGAUUACCAAAGCUAUUCAUCUUUCAAAAAAUCUGAAGUUUUUUAAUUAAUUAUAUUAAUAAUGCCAUAAAAAAUUUUAUUUAAAAAUUAUGAAUUCUAAAUCUUCUAGCUUCUUCCUAAGUAUAUAUUUUGUAUUGAAACAUUAUGUUUAAUAUAUAUAAUUAUUAUAUUUUAUAGUAAAAUUAUAUUAAUCAGAAAGUAAUCAUGUUAUUGCAAUAAUAUGAAAGAAUCUAUAUUAUAUUAAAAAAAUAUCGACAAAAUAUUCUAUAUUUCUCAAUAAUUCUCAAUGACUCAGUUAUUAUAAAUAUUCAGAAAACUCGUUACCCGUAUCCUAAAUUAUGUACUUAUAUAUUUUUGUCAUAUUACAUUACACAUGAUAUUUUAUUUCAUUUUGUUUCUAUUCCAUUUUUAUUUACAAUUUAUCACUAUACGAAUCCUAUUUGCUAUCUUUUUUUCGUUUGAAAUAUUCUAAAUAUUUUCUUAAUCUUUAGAAGGAUGGUAAUAUAAAAAUUUUUCUCAUAUAAAAUACAAAUAUAUGUAAAAUUUGUACAAAUAUUUGUUAGCGAUAUACUCAUAAGCUUGUGAAUAAAUGUUACAUUUUUACUAUGUUAAA